AUGGCGGAGGGUGGGAAUAGAUUCUAUUUCACCAGUCUUAGGGACUGCUUCAUAUUUUUUGAUUGGUUGAAGACUGAGAAAGAGGCAGAACUAAGCGGGGUGGUCAAAAUUCUUCAUGCCCGUAUUAGUACGUAUUAUAAGGACAUUGAACCAAAAGACAUUGAAUCCCACUUGACCAAUUUCAUCUCAAAAGUUGAAACCUUUUAUAAAAAAUUGAUGUAUCAACACGUUCCUCACGCUAUACUUGUUGGCACAGCAUCAAUUAAAGGGGGCGCAACACUGGAUGACACUGUAGAUGCUCUAUUUGAGUGUCUCCCCAAGUUUCUUGCCGCCAUUUAUUAUUUAUGGUACUACGUGUCUUAUACGUUCGUAAAGUUAGGCGGUGGAGAGUGGAAAGAAAAUAAUCCUGGGUACGUUGUGCGUUGGUGGAAACAUUUGGGUUAUGAUUAUGGUGGUGGUCUUAACAAGUAUCUCAUAUCGAACAAACAUGAUGACUACGGGGGUAUAAUUCCUGGAGGCUUCAGCUCCAGCGAAAUAAGAUAUGGUUAUGAUUGGGGUGGUUACCGGUAUGGUUAUUCUAUGGUAACUGAUCUUAAAAACAUUUUCGGAAAAAUAGAUGACCAAUUUUUCCGUGACGUGUUCGCCACUUCGGUGUUGUCCGCCGCCGGAUCCGAGCGUGUGAACACGGCAAACGCUCUUGCAUUGGUAAACGUGUUUUGUGAUAUUGUGGCCGAGGUACAAACUCCUGAUGGCGGAAAUUUGAAAAAAGUAUUGGAAGAGGAAAUUAAAGAAAAAGGAAGCUGUUCAAUAAAUUGGCUCUUUUUAAAAGAUCAUUGCUCCAGACUGAAGGAUUCACUUGGCAAAAUUUUCAAGGAGAAUAAAUUUUCCUUCACUGGCUAUGGACGGAAAAGUGAAGAGCUUAAUAAGGAGAAAUUUGCAAAGAAGGCGGCAAAUUGGUUGCGAAGCAAUUUGGAGAAAGUGCGGAAGAAUUUGGAGAAGAUUAAGCGUUUUGAAAGUGAAUAUGAUUACCAUGCACAUGAAUUCGCCAGGCUGAGCAAACAUCACGACAUGCUCAAGGAAUAUUAUGCUGCGCUCGGCCCAUAUUUCACUAAAAAUCUUUUCCCCUACGGUUUCACCUUUUAUGGUGAGAAAGAAUUUUCGAGGGCAAAUGCUCCGUAUGAGGACUUGAGAAAGGAGUGGGACAGUGUAAUCUAUGAUCUUACGAGAGACAGUGGCAAUCUAGUGGAGUUAAAGAAGAUUCUGGAUGGUGAGAAGUGUCCAGCGCCUCCAAAACCCCGACCUAGGCCGGCGCCUGCGCCAAGGCCCCCGAGGCCUGCCAGACCUGCGCCACCACCCCGGCCUUCCAGAACUACGGGUGGAAGGACAACCGGUCCAAGCAGGUAUGGAGGGUGGUCGUAUAGUGGUCGUCGGACUUCUGGUGUUAGAGGGGGAAGUGACAGAGGGACAGGACCUAAAAAUAGGGGAGGGGGACCGGGGGCUCAGGGAAGUAGAGGACGAGGCGCAGGGUCUGGAGGUACUUCAGGUGCUAAGAGCGCACAGAGAGGCAGAAGUCCAGGGCAUACGAUGUCUACUCAGUCUCGACUUCUACAAACUCAAGAUGAUUCCCAAUCUCAUCGUCAACUACAACUUCCACCUGCUGCAUCCAUUGCUCCUAGAGACCCUAGUCCACCGGCUGAACAACUUCCGACUCCAGCACGCCUUACGUCUCAAGCCCCUGCGCGUGAUCACUCAAGCGCGUCCAGCUCCAGCUCUUUGUCAUCUAGUGUCAAUGAUGCCGGUGGUACGAGACUGGGUCCACAGGCGACCGCUUCUGGACAUAGUCAAGAGAGUGGUAAAAACUUAGCUUCCAAUCAAGACAUCGGCCAAGUCUCCAGGUCUGAUCCGCCUUCUACUCUAGGUGCUGGUGAACGUGUAGGAGCUGGUGGGUUGCCGAGCACUGGUAGGGGUUUAUCUGCUGGUGCAACGGACAGUAUUACCAGAACCGCUGAGCCUCUUGCCCCUCCAAGCACUGGCCUUUCUCAGGCUCAAAGUAUUCAACGUCAAAACUCUUUGUCGCAUGCUGCUGCUGGUGACGGUGGUCCAGGCCAAGAUGGAGCCCCGGGGUCCAUGGGCGCGCUAGCUCACCCAAUUCCGGAUUCAGACAGCAUGGUUUCUUCGGUAAUACAGCCUGUUGUAUCUUCAAAUGCUAGGCACGCUCAGACUUCAAGGGUUCAAACCCCAGAUUCCCCGUCAUCUCGUGGCCAUCUUUCUGAUGAUGCUCAGGAUCUGAAAGACCAGGCGCAUUCUUCUAACCCUACUCAAAAAAAUUCUAGUCAAUCCUCAGACGUUCGAAGCACACUUCAGAGCUCACCAGGCCCCGAUAGUCAGUCAUCCGCUGUAAGUCGUGGCAAUGAUGCCAGUGAAGGGGGUGGAGUCUCGGCAGGGGGUACGGAUGGCGAUCCCCAUGUCAACAUUCAUUCUGGUGAACCUCCUAACACCUCUCAACCUUCUGUGCAACCUCACACCCCAACUCAUUUAGCCACAGAUCCUCCAUCAUCUGAUAUCACUAGUUCACAGGGUGAUAUGGGCCUUACUGUUCAGUCGUCUUCUCAGGUAAAUCCUCAGGGUGACACGGGGGAUGCAAGCGGUCAUAGCCCGGCAUCCAUUCCACGGCCUCCCGGCUUAGAUCCGCUAGGGGAAUCUCAGGAUCUAGCUACAAGAGUUCAGCAGCUAACCCAAGUGCAAGGGAACGGACCUCUAAGUCAGCCAGGCCCGGCACUGCCUGUUCCUCCACCCCCACCUUCUGCUCCUAACCCAACCACCGCUGCAGACACUUCAACUCCGCAGAGCACUAUACAUGGACCAGUGGGUGCCCAAGGUGUUCACGGCCAGCAAGCUAUGCAGACUCCCGGUCCUAAUUCGAUAGGCGACACAGACUCUACAGGGCAUCUGAAUCAACAGGUAGCUUCCAGUUCUACUGUAGCACAUGGCGCCCAUAGUAAGUCAAAAAAUGGAUCUCCGCACUUGACGUCUGGCACACCUACAAUUUCACAGCCUGAUGACAUUCACGGCGCUGUGCUCACUCAGCCUUCAAGUGUUUCAGGUCCACAGUCUUCGUUAACUGCUGUCUCUCCUUCCGGUGUUGGUCAGGACCCGGAUGACCAGGCGUCUCUUUUGGAUCCUAAUCUGCCACAUGCUAAACUAUCCAAGGCCAUCCCAGGAACCCUACCCAUUACCUCCCCAGGUCUGCUACCCGGUCAAGAGAGAGGUGGAGCUGCAGGGAGUGGGAGUCCAGGUGCAAGCAUCGGUGGCCCUAGUCAGCAAAACGGACAGGCGACGGAUAACAAUUUAGGGUAUUCUGGCACGUCUAUGAAUUCAGGCAGCGAUUCGUCGCAUCAAAUACCACCUCAGAGGUCAAUGUCGGAACCGACUCGAAUUGAGCUUGAGAUUGAGAAGCUUUACACUCCGGAGAUAAUUUACGGCGCUGACACGAUUCAAGCGGAGCGACUACCUGCGACUAGAUAUAAGGGAAUUGUGUCACCCUCCGAUACCUAUUCCAAUAUACCUCCGCACGCCCCGUUGCAUGAAACAUUUUCUCCAGAAAGUCUGGACUUCUCAACCGAAGACUUAUGUCUUCCUCCCUGGAUCGCCAAGACACAUAACGACAAUCUGCAUGAAUUCCCCCACACCGAGCUGUUCCCCUCCGAGGCACCUCGUACAGUCAGGGAGAUGCUUGUUUGGAUGGUCGGACUUCAGAACCCAAAGCAUCAUGUGGCCAUGGAGAAGUGUAUUAAAAAGGCAUUCGGCAGCAUGCCUGACGCUACACUCGGAGAUCUUAAGCUCUCCAUCAACGAUGCUGAAAUUACCCCUAAACAGGUACUUGAUGUCUUAAAACUUACCGCCAUGUUUGCAGCUUCAGUGCUAUCCACCAUUGAGCCUGCCUGGAAAGGUAACACCACGUUGUCCGCAACAUUAAAACCCAAGGGAUCUGACCAAUCCAAGGACCCCGCCUGCCUCCUCUGCCAGCUGCGGGACUACGCCUACGCCUGCUACUACCAGUUGCAGUUCUUAAGGUCGCAAUGUUCUCGCAAUAAGUCACAAGGUGGUUGGCAGGAUUGCCAAUAUGGAAAUGGUGCCAAUAUUCCGUCCCCCCUCCAGGCCUUCCUGACUGACGCCUCUGCCUCCAAGUUCAAGACUUACCCCUUCGACCCGUGCAACAUCUGCCGCAAGAGCCGCGUCAGCAUGGGAUUCAAGGUGGAGGAUCUGCCUGUCACUCAGCAAACCGGCAAUCAUAUUUCCACCAUCCUCACUCCCACCUGCGGCGGCGAGGAUCCCCUGCUGACAUUGUCCUCCUACCUCAACUGCCUCACCAAGCGGACGCCGCGCACCACCGGGGAGCUUCAUGACGACUGCCCCGGCUGGGACCGUCUCAGAGACUCCGACCUUCACGCCAUCAGGGAAGCCCGGGGCUCCGCCACCCUCAACUCCAACCACCACGACAAGGACCAUCCCAGGACCCUGUCCACGCUGCUUGGUUGCGGCAUCAAUAAUCUCAACUGCCCACAACUGAUGAUGCCCAUCACCUACCGGGCCUACGCCCUGUACUCUUCCAGCUUCGUCCACACCUACCUCAGUUGGACGGUACACCUGGCAGACAGACUCUGGGACUCACUGCUCAAGCUGCAAUAUGAUCUCGAGGACCUUCAAUGCCACGACUCCAAAGCCAAGGCCCUCCACCGCUGUGACAAUGCCAUGCCACUCCUCUACUCUCACGGGUUCACGCCGCCGAACGGUGUAUCGCAGCCUUCACUCACGUGUUCACAGCUCGUCGACAAGCUGGAGGAAGUGGUCUCCGGUGGGCCUAUCGCAAAACUUAUGACCUGCAUGGACGAUUUCCUCUACGGCAUCCGUGCCCCCUUCCUCUACACCCUCGUCGCACUCUGGUCUGUCGCCGCCCUCUACAUAGCCCACACGAUGCUAUACCGCCUGGAUGUACUACACAUCCGCUCCCACCUCCUCACCACCAAGGCGUCCCACCUCAUCGAUGUCAAGGCGCUCCUCACUCACGGGAGGAAGAUGCUCUCACUAUACAGCGACGUUGACUACUUCGACGACGAUUUUGUUGAAAUGUCACAGUAA